AAAAUUAUAUAUCUAGAUAUAUAUACAUUUUACAUUUUACUCCAUAUAGUUCCUAGAAUAUGGUCAACAGGAUAAAACAAAUAAGUCCAAAAACCCCAAUUCCAGCCACAUCUCCCUUAUCCAUUUCGUCUCCUUCUCAGCCAAGCUCUUCACGAUGCCUCCUCCAAUGGCUUCCUCUACACCCACCCGCUACUACAUCCCCUCUUCCAAACCCUCCCAUCCCCCUUCCCAAGCCCCCCUUUCCAAACCCUCCAAACCCUCUCCCAAGCUCAUCUCCUCUUCCUCUUCCCCUUGCCCUUCUCCCUCCCUCUCCUCCUCCACCUCCGCCUCCUCCUCUCAUGGCCGCAGCCCCGUCCUUGGCCCCGAGUUCCGCCGCUCCCGCUCCACCCGCGUCAUCUCCAAGCGUAACACCACCUCUCCUAAGCCCCCCAAUCUCACUUCUCGCCCUGCUUCCCUUGCCUCCCGUGACUGCUUGGCCGCCAUAACACGCAGCAGCGAUGCGACCACCUUCAACACUCUGCGGAGCUUCCAUCCCCGCCUUUCCAUCCCCGAAGACUAUUGCUCCAUCCUCCAUGAGCUUGGUGAUCGCGAGAAAUCCCCCUUUAAAGCCACCGAGAUCUAUAAUUUUUCCAUGCCCUUGAUGCGUAAUUUGACCGAGAAAGGGAAGCUCCUCACCGCUGCCAUUAGCUCGUUUGGUAAGAUGGGAUCCCAUGAUCUCGCCCGGAAUGUUUUUGAUAAGGGCCUCAGUGAUGGGUAUGGAAACACUGUUUAUGCUUUCUCUGCUUUGAUCUCUGCUUAUGCUCGGAAUGGAAUGUCUUCUGAGGCUCUGGUUGUGUUUGAGACCAUGAAAGGUCGUGGCUUGAGGCCAAACAAUGUUUCUUAUAAUGCUGUUAUUGAUGCUUGCGGGAAGGGUGGAGUUGAUCCCAUUAUUAGCAUGGCGUUGUUUAGAGAGAUGCUUGGGGUUGGGCUUCUUCCUGAUAGGAAGACUUUCAACUCUUUGCUUGCUGGAUUUAGUCGCGUUGGGCAUUUGGAUAAUGCGCGAAUGUUGUUUGAUGAAAUGAUCUUUUCGGGCAUUGGUCCAGAUAUAUAUACUUAUAACACUUUUAUUGAUGCGGUGUGCAAGUGUGGGAAUAUGGAGUUGGCUGUCCAGGUUGUUUCGGAGAUGCCUGCCAAAGGAGUGCAUCCUAAUGUUGUGACUUACUCUACGGUUAUUGAUGGCUACUCCAAAUUGGGUCGGUUUGAUGAGGCAUUGAAUCUUUAUGAAGAGAUGAGGUCACGGGGGAUUCAGUUGGAUAGAGUAUGCUAUAAUACAUUACUUUCAAUAUAUGUGAAGACCGGAAAGUAUGAAGAGAUUGCGAAAGUGUGCAAUGAGAUGGAAGUGAUGGGAAUUGAGAAGGAUACUGUGACUUAUAAUUCUCUGAUAAACGGGUAUGGAAAACAGGGGAAGUUCGAUGUAGUUAGUCGCCUGAUUCAAGAGAUGAGGGAAAGGAAGGUUCCGCCUAGUGUUCUGACAUACUCAACUUUGAUUGAUAUCUACUCGAAGGCAGGGAUGUAUGGAGAUGCUGCAAACAUGUUCUUGGAGUUCAGGGAGUCAGGAUUGAAGGCUGAUGUGGUUUUGUAUAGCUCUUUUAUUGACACAUUGUCGAAGAAUGGCCUGGUGGAAUUUGCUGUGUGGUUGCUCAAUGAGAUGGUGAAGAUGGGUAUCAAGCCUAAUGUGGUCACUUACAAUGCUGUCAUUGACGCGUUCGGGAAAUCUAGGAUUUCUGUUGAAAAUGAUGGUGUUCAGCAAGAUUCAGAUAAUCCAGAAAGUUGUGGAGGCCAGAUUGUGAAGGCUUUUAGUCAGCUAGCAAGAGGAAUAGGGCGCCCAGUGGCAGAUGAAACAAAGAAGUCUGAGGAAUUGUUGUGUAUCUUAGAUUUGUUUCAAAAGAUGAUUGAGCAGGGUGUGAAGCCUAAUGUUGUAACAUUCUCCGCUAUCUUGAAUGCUUGCAGUCGCUGCAAUUCAUUCGAAGAUGCAAAAUUACUAUUGGAACAACUUCGGUUGUUUGAUGACUUUGUAUAUGGGGUUACACAUGGGCUUCUGAUGGGCUGCAAUGAUGUUUGGAUUCAAGCUCGAUCUCUUUUCGAUGAAUUAAGACGAAUGGAUCAGCCAACAUCAUCAGCUUUUUACAAUGCUUUGACAGAUGUGCUUUGGCAUUUUGGGCAGAGACUAGGAGCUCAGAAGGUUGUGCUUGAGGGGGUUCAUAGGCAGGUUUGGGAAAACACUUGCAGUGAAUUUAGUUUAGACCUGCAUCUUAUGUCAUCUGGUGCUGCACAAGCAAUGGUUCAUGCUUGGCUUCUCAGUAUACGCUCUGUUGUAUUUGCAGGGCGUAAGCUUCCUGAGUUUGUGAGUAUUCUGACCGGCUGGGGAAAACACAGCAAAAUUGUUGGUGCUAGUACUCUCCGUCGAGUUAUUGAGGCCUUGCUCAACACAAUCGGGGCCCCAUUCCGGUUAGAAAGGUAUAACAUUGGAAGGUUUGUGUCACCUGGUGCUGUAGUCUCUGCUUGGUUGAUGGAGUCAGGAACCAUAAACAUUCUCCUUCUGCACGACAACAGAUCAUCAGAACCAUCAAUCCCGGCAAAUCUUCUUCCCAGAUUGCAAGCGCUUCAGCUGUAGACCAUUGAUCUAUUUUUUAGUUGAAUUUCAUCCCUGUUUUGUAUGUGAGAGCCAAGAUUAAAACAACACUUGUCUGUUUAAAUUCUGACAUGCCUUUGAAUGCAAACUUCCUUGUUUAUCA